UGUACCAUAAUAUAGCAGUUUUUCUUUGUUAAUUUUAGGAGUUAAAUUUUUGUGAUUUUUUUUUCAGUUUGUACAAAAUCAACUCCGAUAUGUGAAAUAGUACUCGUAAUAAUUAUUUAUGUAUUUUUUGCAAAUAUUAAAACGAAAUCGCAAAUCAAAAUACACUUAAUUCUGAAUAUGUUUACAAAGAAGCCGUUUGAAGCAGUUCCUUCAGUACAGGUUUAAAAUUUUACCUGCCACACCAACGGUCAGAUCUUUGACGGGACGGAGGCAGCCACAAUGUUAGUCCUCCAGCUAUAUUUGUGGAAUGUCAUGCCCAAGAGUGAUGGAAUGUCUCGACCACCACUGCAAGUGGAACAUAAACAAAUUCGAAAACUUAAUCUUAAUAAAGUCGGAAAGUUAAGGUCAUUGUUCUGAAUGAAAUCUAAUAGGCCGUGAAGAUUAUUUAGCAGCUACAUUUACUGAGAUGGCGAUCCGCUUUACAGUUCAAAACAUCUGAGACGAGUGGCAUUCCGAGCAUGAUCACAGAUUAUUGUAUAAAAACGUAUCUAGGCCUUUGUAUCAUUCCGAGUCUAUAUCGUUUUAAAUUAUGGAGAAAGAAAAUAAUUCGAUGUCGAUUAAGUCGUGUCUUCGAAAUGAGAUCGACACACAUUUCGUAUGUCUUGGUCAGAACUUCAUUAUUUAUGCUGUCGAUAUGGAAAUCGCCUGUAGAAAAGUUGUGACUGUAAACUUCGUUCAUCUGGGUUCUUCAAUUUUAUGUGUGAUGAGGCAGCGAGUUUGCUUUAAAUGUUGUGUUUCUAAUGGAGUUACAACCACGGAAUCAUUGAAAAUAUUGCAGACAUGUUUUGGAAAGUUUACUUUAUCACGAACACAAGUAUUUGACCGGCAUAAGGCAUUCAGUAAAGAUCGUGAAGUCGACGAAAACUUGGCUCAUGCGAGUCGUCCAUUCAGCUCUGUUAAUUACGAUAACAUCGAUAAAGUAAAAGAAACUAUACUUCAAAAUCGUGGUGUUGACAUCAGAGAGAAAGCAGAGGAUCUCAACAUCUUUUAUGAAUUGACUCAACACUUUUCGGUUAAUGUUAUGGGUAUGAGGCAUGCCAAUGCUAUACUCGUACCAAAAUAUCUGGAACUUUUGCAAGUAUGACGUCGAGUAGAGAUCCCAAUAAAGAUGCUUGACAACUUAGCUGAGGACCCAAUAUUUCUUGAAAGCGAUAAUAAAUAUUUUUAUUAAAAUACUUGAAAAUUUUGUAUUUUUUGUCAGUCCGGGUUAAAUUUGAUCAUCUGGUAAAUGACAAGGAGCUUAUUUGGAGAAUAUAUUGUUUUAUUAGAAUACAUUAAAGACGCAGUGAAUACAGUAAGAGAAUGGAGAAGAGUUUUAUUUGAGUUUAAGUGAAUAAAAAUAAUAAAGUGGUUGCUGUAAUCUAAUAUUUAUAAAUGCUGUCUUUAAAAUUUUGAUCUGUACUAAAAUCGGCAAGUCAUUCUGAAUGAGAUUUUGGAUUUUGACUUGAUUUAAAUAUUUUUUAUCAUUUCUUCAGUUACAUUGUUAAGAAUAUUUUCGGGAUGGUCUGUUCGAUGUAGUUUAGCCAUGUUAGUACUUCGUUUAUACUUAGUGGGUAUGAACAUUUAUAAAAUCUCUUCGACUGUUUGUUAUUUAAAUGGAUUUGUAUACAUCAUGCUAUAUUAACAGACAUUGAACCACUUUAUUUUACAAUUAAUCGCUAAUUAUCUAUAUACAUAUGUGAAUAUUUAUCUAAGAAUUGUCCGACAUUAAGUGCUUUAACAACGGAAAAUGUUCACAGAGUCUUUGAGCGAUUUACCCGCAUCAACAUCACAACACAAUUACAUAUUACGAUUAAUAAAUGGCACAGACUAAUUUAGUAGAUAUAGAAUUACAUGAGCGCGCGAGUAUAUCGUAUGACAACAAAAAUAUUUCAGAGAUUCAGUAAAUCAAUGAAAUUUCGCGCAAACUCCACAGACGACACAAUGAAUCAUUAUUGCAUCAUUUGUGUGGAAACAAAGCCGCGGCGGUGUUAAGGUCUUUGUCCUCCACCAAAAAUCCUUUCUUCUUUUCGCUGCAUUGGUUUUUGUGUUUCAUUGUUGUUGUCUUUUAUUUAAUUCAUUUGAACUUGCAAUCAUGCGCGUUCUCUGCAUUUGCUCUUUACUAAUCUGGUCUACUCUUUCGUUGUUUCAAUCUCGUUUAGUAUGGACUUGCAUGCGGUUGCUAUAACAUUAUUGGUUCUAAUCACAAUCAACACCAAGAUGAUGAUGCCAUUCGGUUAUGUUGGCGUCGUACAGGACGAACGCAAGUGUCAGUAUUUAAGGCCGUCGCGCAUGCUCAAAAUCCGUUGCUUCGAAAUGAAUCUGAGGGAGGUGCCGCAGUAUCUGAAAUCAUCGGUUGAGAUUCUGGAUCUCGCAUUCAAUCGCAUUAAAAAGCUCAAACACAAUUCAUUUGAACGUUACACAAGCAUUAAUAUAUUAGUGCUCUAUGAGAAUAAGAUACAAUCGGUGGAGCCGGGCACAUUUGCGCCACUUACAUCGUUGGAGGAGAUCGAUCUAUCAAAUAAUGCGCUCGUCUCGAUACCUUUGGAAAUCUUUCAAUUACCCUCGCUGCGAAAUCUUUAUGUUGACAGCAACGAGCUCUUUAAUUUGGACCGCGAUCUACAGGCUCUUGAAACACCAAUACAAGCACCACUGGAAUAUUUAAAUAUAGCCGAUUGCGGCUUAGAGAACCUGCCCGAUUUGGGUGUUUUGCCAAAACUGUGGCAAAUUAAUGCAUCAUCCAAUCCGCUGACUGAUCUCACCGUGGAAACACUAGCCAAUAUGUGUAAUUUGCGCACAAUGGAUCUGACAAAAACGGAAAUUAGUGAAUGCGCUCUUCAACAAGUGAAUCGAUACUUGCGAUAUAUUGGCGCCAGUUCUAAAUAUGUCCCGAUAUCUUUGGACGACCUCGAUAACAGCAUAUGUCCGGAUCCAUAUAACCAAACUGUGAACUCAACGACAUAUCACAGCUGUAAGGCAGAGGCUGAACUUGCCAAAGUGCUCAGCUGGCGUUGGUGGGCGAUCGCAGCGGCAGCGGCAUUAGCUGUGCUCGUCUUUACAUGGUUCUGCUGUCGCCGCAAUUCGAAAAAGAAGAAGAAGAAGGCUAAAACUAAAGCAAAUGCGCUGCCGCCCAAACAACAGCCGUUAGUGUCGCCCACGCUAGCGCUGAAAAGUCAAAGCGAUCGCACGAAGCUGCAGGACUGUGAUUGUGCGUAAUUGCUUAAUUACAACAAUAACAUAGCGAAUAAUUUUAGAUGUAAAAACUCUAUAAAUAGCAAUUAAUUUACAACUACAGCAACAACCAUAACAACCACUGAAAAUGUAACUACUUAACGGCUGCGUCGCUUUGAGCGGGUAGCAUAUAGUUUAUUCUUUCUUUUCUUUUACCUUCGAAUACAUUUAGUUGUUAAAUAAAUUCGCCAUACAGCAAAGUGGUGCCAAAGCGUACUAAAUACGAACUUAGAUAUCGAAUUGCAACGAACUGAAGGCGAAAUCGUUUUGCCAACACUACAAGUGCCUACAUUUGAGAAUAAGUAUAUAUAUAAUAUGUACAUACAUGCCUAGUUAUGUAAUUUUGUUGUUAUUUUUACGAACAUCUUACAUUUAGUGUAAACAUAAAAGUAUUAAAAGUUAUAGCCUUAGCUUCGCUUAGUGUAAAAUUUCUUUCUUUAUGCAAUAAUAUUAUAUGAAAUCAUUUCGUUUAGUGAAUUUGCCAAUAUUUGUACAUACGGUACAUUAAUAUGUAAUUAAAUGAUAGUUUAGAAAAUUACACAUACAUUUGUAAAUAUAUAAAGUAUAACUGUACAAAUAGCAAAAGAAAAAAACCCAAAAAUUUAAAAAUAACUACCGCUUCCUUCAACUGGAACCAAAAUAUGCCAAUCGAAAAGGUGCCUUUAAUUGCAUUACUGCAUUUACAUACAUAUAUAGUUACAUAAUAAAAAAAUAGUUUUACAGAAAUUAUUUACUUUUUGAAAAAUAAGUUUAUUUUUUUUUUUUCUGGUUAAUAUUUAAGUCUGUGCAAAAUAUAUUUAUUUACUGAAAUGUUACAAUAAUUUAAAAGUUAAAUGAUUAUGAUUUAUGUUAAGUGCAAAAUGUAAUAUAUAGAUAAUAAUAAACUUAUCAUAUUGUUUUUGUAAUAAAUGUGAAA